GGAGCGGCAGGAGCCGGGGAGCCGGAGCCCCGGGUCCCAGCGACCGGAGCCGGCUCCCCCAGCGGCGGCCUGAGGACCCGGCGGCGGCCUCCUCCCGCCCCCGACAGCUGGAGAGUAAACGCAGUGUGUGUGGGGCGUGGGGACAGCGUCCGGAAUCCUGAGGACACAGGCAGAAUCCCCUCCCCAUCCGGAUUAUUGGAGGGGAGACAAUCCCCCAGUUUGGGGAGGGGGAGGGCCGGGCGUUGAGCGUCCCCCCGCGGCAGCGCUGAGCCAACGGGCAUCGGCCGGCUCUCCCCCUCCUGCCUGGACUACUCUGAGCGAUCAAGGCCAGGGACCCCUCUCCUUCAGCCUCUACACCCCCUCACCUGCGCUCCGUGGCCUCGGGAGGAGCACCCCUGCCUCCCCUCUGCUCAGAAGAAGAAAUUGUCCUUCCACGCCCCUGAGUGAGGGACCCGGGGCUGAGACCCAGGCUGCCUGUGCCCUCCAAGAGCAAGGGUCCCUCUGCUGAGCGGGGAGGGCCUGGCCAGUCACAACUUCUUCCCUCCUGAGUUCCCCACCUCUGUCUCGGAGCCUUGCAACUCCCACCCCUCCGUAUUUAUUUCCCUGGCCCCCUGCCAGCCCCUCCAUCUCUGUCUCGGACUCAGGCCUACCUCUCUGACAUGGAGAGUAACCUGUCUGGCCUGGUGCCUGCUGCUGGGCUGGUACCUGCGCUGCCGCCCGCCGUGACCCUGGGGCUGACUGCGGCCUACACCACUCUGUAUGCCCUGCUUUUCUUCUCCGUCUAUGCCCAGCUUUGGCUGGUACUCCUGUAUGGGCACAAACGUCUCAGCUAUCAGACCGUGUUCCUGGCACUCUGUCUGCUCUGGGCUGCCCUGCGUACCACCCUCUUCUCCUUCUACUUCCGAGACACCCCCCGCGCCAACCGCCUGGGACCCCUGCCCUUUUGGCUUCUCUACUGCUGCCCUGUCUGCCUGCAGUUCUUCACACUGACGCUUAUGAACCUCUACUUUGCCCAGGUGGUAUUCAAGGCCAAGGCGAAGCGCCGGCCAGAGAUGAGCCGAGGCUUGCUGGCUGUCCGAGGGGCCUUCGUGGGGGCCUCGCUGCUCUUUCUGCUGGUGAAUGUGCUGUGUGCUGUGCUGUCCCGCCGGCGCCGGACACAGCCAUGGGCCCUCCUGCUGGUGCGUGUGCUGGUGAGCGACUCCCUCUUUGUCAUCUGUGCGCUCUCUCUUGCUGCCUGCCUCUGCCUGGUCGCCCGGCGGGCCCCCUCCACCAGCAUCUACCUGGAGGCCAAGGGAACCAGUGUGUGCCAGGCAGCCGCCAUGGGUGGUGCCAUGGUCCUGCUGUACGCUAGCCGGGCCUGCUACAACUUAGCUGCCCUGGCCUUGGCCCCCCGGAGCCGGCUGGACGCCUUUGACUAUGACUGGUACAACGUCUCCGACCAGGCGGACCUGGUGAACGACUUGGGGAACAAAGGUUACCUGGUAUUCGGCCUCAUCCUUUUUGUGUGGGAGCUGCUGCCGACCACCCUGCUGGUGGGCUUCUUCCGGGUGCAUCGGCCCCCGCAGGACCUGAGCACCAGCCGCAUCCUCAGCGGACAGGUCUUUGGCUCCCGAUCCUACUUCUUCGACCGGGCCGGGCACUGCGAGGACGAGGCCUGCCCCUGGGAGCACAGCCGGGCCGAGAGCACCAGCAUGUCGGGCAGCCUAGGCUCUGGGAGCUGGUACGGUGCCAUCGGACGGGAGCCAGGCUGGUGUGGGGGCAGCCAGACGCGGACCACGCCUCUGCUCUUCUCCCAGGUGCUGGGACCAGGCAGCCACCACCACAGUCUCUACUCCACUCCACAGACGUGACCCCCUUCUCCUCUCCCCCCAGAACACAGAGACCCCAGUUCCUCCCGCCCCAGGCCCUGGGGCCAGGUUUAUCUGCCGUUUCUUGCCCAGGAACCCGGGGAGCUGUGGUCACCGCCUCCCCUCCCCACCUCCUGCCAGCUCCUUGUUCCUCCUGUUAUAGUGAGCUCCUGCCAUCCCCUAGGAUGGGGGUCUGGCUCUGGCUGCCAGAUGCCCACAGCACCUUGGCAUGACCUGCCACCUCUGCUUCUACAUCGGAGCCAGCUACCUCUCCUGCGCCUGCCAGUCAAUAAACAGUGUCUGUGCCCC